AUUAGUUUGUGCUUACGGGUGUGUUGUAAUCUAGGUUAUUUAUCUGUCUAUACUUUCUUAUAUCCACCGCUAUCUUCCGUAGGUUAUGAUCUCGGCGAGUGAUGAUUCAAGCUGAAGCUGUUGCCUGACCGGCACCUGCUGUUCCAGUUAGGCCUCCCCCAGGGGGCGGCAGAGGGCCUUGUCUCCCGAGCCGCGGCACCAUGAAGGUCGAGGCAGGCUCCUUCAGCAUCUCACUGCCCUCGACGCCGCUGCCGGCCCGCUCCUCCCGCGUCACCUGUGUAGUCGCUGCAGGGCUCGCCUUCCUGCUGGGCGUCGCUGUUGGAGUGACAUUACCCAUUGUUCUAGUUCAUUCGCCGCUUUCCUCGUCGUUUCAAGUGGCUUUUGCCAGGCAGGAAGCUGCUCGGGACACAGGAUCCUUCAUCCAACCGAUGAAGGAAGUAGGUGCGCGGAGCCUCAUCGCCCCUGAGCACACCUGGUCACCUUACAUCGCAAGCAAACUAGGCAUCGGCAACGACAACAGUAGUAUUCCCUCCCUUCGCGCCUCGAACGACGCCAAUGCCGCUAGCCCAAACGCCCUUCGGAGCGAGUGGAAGCGAAUACCAUCCGAGAUUGAUGCCCCCGAUGUCGAAGAAGCUGCAGUCCUAUUGGUCGAAGGAGUUUACUGGGGCGAUUCAGUGGAAGAAAAAUUACCGCCAGGAUUUUCUGAAAGUGAAGUGGAUGAAUGGCGCAAAUUCACGCGGCAACAUGCAGUUGUGCGACUAGAGGAAGGAUGUGGACGUAUGCAAAAUAGGCUGGUCAUCUUUGAAAAUGGCACAAAAUCAUGCUGCCGCUACCGCCAAAACUAUGACCAAAUUCAAGGAGAAAUCUUCAGUUUUUACCUUAGUAGGUUACUAGGGUUGACUAAUGUUCCACCAUCAGCUUUAGGGGUUGUAAAAGCAGCUGAUUGGCAAUGGUCAAACGUAGGAAGCCAAUUGGCCUUGGCGCAGUGGACGGAAGAAAGGCCCGUUGUUUUGACACGAUUUAUUGAAGGUCUGGUUCCUGCUUUUAUUCCAGCGUCCCUGCGAGAAGCCAAGCGACGCUUACACCCAGUGAACGUAGAAGGGCAAGAUCCACGGGACAUGAUUGAAUUAGCCCAGUGGUCUGACCUCGUCAUAUUUGAUUACCUCACUGCCAACCUGGACCGCGUGGUCAACAACUUAUAUAACAUGCAGUGGAACCCUAAAAUGAUGGAAGCUCCUGCUCACAAUUUAGCACGACAUCAAAAAACAGGCUUACUCGUAUUCCUGGAUAAUGAGUCAGGACUGCUGCACGGAUAUCGACUCUUAGACAAAUACGAGACUUUCCAUGCCUCUCUUCUUAAGGCUGUGUGCGUCUUCCGGCGGUCCACCGCUGAGCGAGUAAGGCAACUGGUGCUCCGCCGGGACGUAGGAGAUCGCCUUCGGAAAAUGUUCCGGCGAUACGAACCAGAUCUGCAGGAUUACCUUCCACCGAUACCGGAUAAGUCUAUAAAGAUACUUAACGAACGCUUGCAGAAUGUUCAUAAGCAGAUAGCGAAAUGCGAGAAAUGGUACAGAAAUUCAUAAUUAUAAAUUUCUACUUUCAAAGGAAACCAAAAAUAUGCUCCACUUUCACCUGUGAUAUUGUUAAACUAUGGCCAAAUGUAAACUCCCUCGUGCGCCUGGAUCCAUGUGGAGAAUGCAUGUGAAGUGAUCAAUUAUAUAUGGGAGAUGCGUAUGGACCAGUCCUAAUAAUGAUUUCCCGCAGCCACUCAUUAGUGAGCUGGCCCUUGUGAAUGAUGUAACAUGCCCAUAGCCUGAAACCAAGAUGA